GAACAGGGAGAGCCCUAAAACAGAAAAUGAAGAAGAAGAAGACGAUUAUGUCCAACGGUGAUACCAACGACUGUUCAAUACAUAGGGUUCCACCGGAGAUUCUCGCCGACAUACUCUCACGGUUACCAGUCAAAUUUCUAUGCCAAUUAAAGUGUGUCUCUCCCUCAUGGAAUUCCUUAAUCUCUUCCCCCUGUUUCGCCAAAACCCAUCUCAAACGAAACCCCCCAAGUCAAAAAAUCAUCCUCGUUUGCGUCUCUGAAGAUCUCUAUUCCGUUGAUUUCGCCAACGCGAAUCCCGCCGCAAAAAAGCUUGAUUUCCCCUCGGUCCAACGCUCCCACCACCGGUGGACCGAGGUUUUGGGUUCUUGCAAUGGCUUGCUUCUUGUUUCUGGUAAAGGUUAUUCCACAUCCCUUUUGAAUCCAACCACUAGAGAACGCAAGAAGCUGCCCACUUGCCCUCUCAGUUUUUCUCUUGAGCCCUACGUUUAUCUCCAUGGUUUUGGUCAUGACUCUUUUACGGAUGAUUACAAGGUUGUGAUGCUCUCUUACCAGUAUAUUAAGUCUUAUUCUAAAUACUAUUUCGACAGUGAUGCUAAUAUCACGCAUGUGGCUGUCUAUUCAUUGAAAACCGAUGCUUGGAGGAGAAUACAAGAUUCUCAUUAUCAUCCUUUGGGAAAUCCUUCUGGGGUUCACUUUAACGAGCGUCUCCAUUGGCUUUGUAGGAGGACUGGUGGUUCGGAUGGUUCCAAAGUUAUUGUUGCUUUCGAUUUGUCAGAUGAGAUUUUCAAAGAAGUGCAGCUGCCUACUUCAUUUAGUGAUUACGAGAUUUUUUAUCAUCACAUGGCGGUUCUUGGGGGUUGUCUCUGUGUGAUUGUUUGCCCUCUUAGUUACCGAAAUGAAGUUUGGAUGAUGAAGGAGUACGGGGUAAGAGAAUCGUGGACCAAAUUUAUGAUAAAUCCUAGGAUGGUUUUAGUGGAUUUAUUGUGUUUGUUAGCAGAGGACGAAUUUUUGAUGAAAACAAGAGGAAAAGAACCAGAUGUACUGUUUCAAGAUAAAUUGGUUGUGUACAAUCUGAAAAAGAAAACACUAAGGGACAUGGUGGUUCCAGACAUUCAGCUUAAAUGUCAAAAUGGGGUCACCUAUGGCUAUGUCGAGAGCCUUGUCUCUCCUAAUCAUUGAGGAGGGAUUGGGAGGCAAUGAAGAAUGAAAAGCUUCUUCAGAUCGGAAUGUACCGUAAAUGAGACAAUUUGAGUGAUCAAUGGCUUGUUGAAAUGUGAUUUGAGAACUUGACCAGUAUCAAAACGUGUUUAACCAUAAAAAGGUUUUUGAUCACCCGAAGGUUUUUGUUUUUGUGUUCGGAUAUUGGAGACACUUGGAGAUUAUGUGACUUCUCGUGGAGAGUGUGGGGACUUGUUUGGGGGCUUAAUUAGCUGGUUCAUAUUACAAGAGUGGUUUGUUAUAAAAGUUUUGUUCUGGUGACUGGUAUUAGAUGUGUUUUGUGUUGUCUUGACCUAGACUUUACAUCCUUUGAUUUGUUAUGAAAGAAUGCUGGAAGUUCUGUAAGAAUUCAUGCGUUUGGAUUUAAGCUCUGAAAAUAAG